AUGAAGCUGAAUCUGCAAAGACAACUGGUAGAGAUCGCCGGUUUCUUAUGGAGACCAGGGCCCGAAUGCACUGGAUUUCCAAAAGGUUAUUCUGAGAAAAAGUAUUUCCUUCAAGUCGGUGAGAAUUUUUCUGGAUAUAUCUCAAUGUACACUUUUUAUGUGGCGACAUCUCAGACUGUUGUUAGCAUAAUCUAUCCAUUUCUUGCUUUAUUAUUAUACGUGGAGAUCAGAAUCUCUGCUGUGAGAAUAACUGAUGUAAACCACUCUGAAUCAUUGGAAAGAAUUCGUACCAGUCGAAUGAUUAUGUACCUUACGAUGUGCUAUAUAAUUUCAAGUGCUCCUCGUAGUAUCAUUUGGCUCAUACCCGUUUUCGUUCACAUUCAUCAAUGGUCGUUGUUGGAGAUGAUAGCUGGUUACGGAACCAUAAUCACAUCCACAUUCUUCUGCUUGAACGCUACCGCCCAGUGCUUUAUUUGCUUUUUGUUAUCAUCGAGAUACAGAGAGACUGCGAGGAAGCUUUUAAGAAUAAGAGUUAGACCGGCAUUUCUCCAUGACCCGACACCGUUGUCUUGA